AUGGCCAAUCUGAGGCCUGAGAAGCCUCGCAUCUUCCUUCUAUCACUUGACAACAAGGAGUGGUUUGAUGAAAUGUACUCGCGUCUCAUCAAUAUGCUCGCCGAGGAAGCUACUCUGCAACGAGCCUCCAAACCCGACGCAGCACUCCGCUACCUGACAAACAACACGCCCCAGGCCAUCCUUGCUACCGACGCCGGCCUCGCAGAACCAAAACACUCGGCCGUGCUCGCUCGGGUGGUCGAGUAUACCCGCAGGGGCGGCAUUGUUGUCUUUGGAUGUAUGUUCAGCAGCUUCAUGAGCCGCCCGAAGAUGGAAGCCUUCUUCCGCGAUGGCUGGAGCUUGCCUUGGCGGUAUGGCGAUUACCAUCGGACAGACCCAGAAGGCAGUUUUCUUGUUGUUUGCCGGCCGCCUGCGAGGAGCGGAGCGACGCAGCGGCGGCCUCGACCUUUCGCCGAAGGCGACAUUAACCUUUUGCAAGGCAACCUAUCUAUACCCUCUUUCCCGCCUGCGAGGAGCAAAGCGACGUAG